GAGUGAGGGCAGGGGGCUGGGCUGGGGGUUCCCCAGCUGUCAGCGGUGGGGACAGGAUCGGUGUAAGUGUCCCUCCCUGCGGGGACCUCCCUGUACUGUGGGACACCUGAGUUUACGGAAAGCUUUGGCCCCCGGAGCUGUGUGCCACUAGAACAGGGCAUUUCCCCUCCUUUGUUCCUGUGGGACAACGCCUGCAGCAGAGACACUCAGGUACAGUGGGGCCAGACCCUGGCCUGACUCCCAGGGGGCCCAGGAGCCCCCAUCCCCCACAGCCCGGAAUGGCCGCAAAUUGCCCGUGGGGGACGUCGUGCUACCACAAUUUGCAGUGUCCCCGACUCCGUGCUGGGUUCCAUCCCAGUCCUUUCCACCCCAGGGACCCUCAGGGCGGGGUACUGAGCUGUGCUGCAGGAGAGCUGGUGUUUACCCUGUUGGGUGACACAGCCUUUGUCUGUGCCUCAGUUUCCUGCAGCAUAGAAGGGCACUUCUGGCAGUGGGAAGGGAGCCCUGGCUGUUGUUUUCUCUUUGUGCAACCAGCCCUGCUCUCCCCAGUGCCGGCGGAAGCAGCUGGAGCUGCCUGCACACCGGGAGCUUCCUCGGAGCCCCGUGGGACUGAGGCUGGGAAUGGACUGUUCCUUCCCCCUGCCCUGGACUGAGGCUGGGGAGGAGUUUGGCUCCAAGCAAGUGGCUCUCAGCUCCUCCUGGCUAAUGUCCCCACAGCAGGGUGGCUUUUGGGGACAUCUGCAGUGGGGUGCUGUGGGGAAGGUGCAUGAGGUGCUUGGAGCAGAGUGUGGGGACAGGUGUACUCUCUGGAGGCACUUUGAGCUGGAGCAGGAGGAUGCUGCACCCCUGGUUGUGCCCGCUUACCUGGGCUGCUUUGUUCCUCCAUGGAGGCAGGAAUCCAAAGCCCAAUUAGGGGGCUAGUUACGGGGCUACACUUGUUACUUUCUGUUCUGUGCUGGUGACCCCUGUUCCCCAUGAGCUGCCUGCUCCUUGGGUGAAGCUGCUGCCUGUGAGAGCUGAGGGUGCUCAGCAGCAUCUUGUUUUCUAUGCAGGAUGGGCCGUAGCAGCCCGACAUUCCCCAGCAGCCAGAAAAACCUUUGGCCACCCAGAGUGGCCAAGUGCCCAGCCUGGCAUGCGGCCAGGCGUCGCCCUUCCUAGCUCACUCCGUGGCCCUGGUUGUAGAUCUUGGAGGUCCGGGCUUGGAAAUCCACGUCCAGGGUGGCAUCAGGGUGUGAUGUCCCUGUGGCUCAGACAGAUCCCUAAUGCUGCUCCUCCCUGAGCUGGUGAGGUCCCUCAUGUCUCCAGAGCUGAAGGAGUCGAGAGGCCACACUCUCUGCUGGGACCUGGACAGAGAGAUUAAGCAGCUCCAGGAGCUGGUUAUCUCUGCUGCCUCUGCUGCCGGUCAGCCCUGCCCUGCGGGUGAGCGCGGCUCUGGCUCCGAGUGUUUGUCUCCAAGGGAGCAGCCGUGUCCCUGGGCGGGGUCAGUGCUUCAAGGGCGAAGUGCCUGCGGAUCGGAUCGGGGCACCUGCUAGGCACCAGCUUCUUGGAGAACUGACAGCCCCUCCAAAGGACUCCUGAGUGCAGAAACGAGGGUUCUCUUAAAAUAAGCCCAGCACACACUUCAGGGCAGCGGCCCCAGAGGUGCUGUGCUCCUAUCUGUGGGACCUGUGGGUAGGCUCAGAGCAUCCCCUGCACAGCAGUGGUUGGGGCAGGAAAGUGUUCAGGGCGCUGUCCUGGGAAGCCCCGCCUUGGUUUGGGAGGGCUUAGGAGGGCUUUCCCUCCACGUUUGCAUUCAAAGCUGCUUUGACCAAGCCAAGUCACUGUAAACAGCUUGGAUGGGGCUCUGGGUGUCUGCCCCAUCGGGCUGGGCACUUGCCCAUGCUCAGCUGCUUCUCUUCCAGGGCAGCAUUGUCAUAUUUAUAAUGGAAAAAAACUCAGGCAAACACAGGAGCCUUUUAGCCUCCUGCCACACCUCUGCUACAAUGUACAUUAUCUCAAGUUUACUGCAACUUGCUUCAAGGCUUGAAGCGUUCCUGUCUCCUUAGGAACACUUUUCUUUGUCCUACCAAGCAGGGGACAGGGCUGGGACAGGGCGAGCUGGGGCCUACCUGGAGGAAGGUGGGGAGCAGCUUCCUCCUUACAGUGCUGGAAGAACAGCCUGGGCCCAUUUGAGACCUGAGUGUUUCCCAGGGCUUGGUGACACAUCCUGGGGUGUUGGUGACUGCUCGUGGGGUGUCCCCAUGACUUGAAAGUUUUUUCUGAGGCCCUGUCACCUGCAUUUCUUCUGCUUCCAGAUCCAGGGUGCUGCUUGGGGUGUCCCCGGGCAGCCGAGGUGUCCUGAGGCUGGUUUGGGGGGAUUUUGUACCUGGCUGAUUUUGUCCUGGUUAGGUUGGAGUGUCCCUGUCCCUGCCUGCCCAAAGGGGACAGUGCACAAGUGUCCCCUGAUGCUCCAUGGCUGCUCACAGGCCUCAGCCAGCAGGGGCCAUGCGAUGCUCCCUGAAACGUUCCCUCACGGUUCUGCUUGCUGCUUCCUUCCUCCUCCUCCUCCUCCUCCUCCUCCAUGGGGGCAGCCAGCAGGAACAGGAUCCCCUGGAGGUGCAGCUCAGGGGCCUGGCUCCUGACAUGAUCCUGCAGCUGCUGCAACCGGAGGGAGCCCAGCACAUCCUGAGGGACACAGCUGAGCUCUCUGCUCUGCACAAUAUCUCCUAUCAGCUCCUCGCUGGCUCCCUGGCUCCCCGAAAAAAAUUCCUGGCAGUAGGAAUGGCAUCCGUGCAGAGGCCACGUGGUUUCUACCUCCUGGCCACACUCCAGUCCCUGUUCAGCCAGUCCACGGAGGAGGAGCUGCAGGAGAUGGUGGUGGUGGUGCACCUGGCUGACACCGAUCCUGGCUGGAAUGUGCGCGUUGCCACCACCAUCGCCCAGAAGUUUACUCGCCAUAUCCUCCUGGGCCAGCUCCUGCUCAUCCACGCUCCCCCUGAGUUCUACCCCACCCUGGAAGGCCUGAAGAGGAACUUCAACGAUGCAGAGGAGCGGGUGAAGUUCCGCUCCAAGCAGAAUGUGGACUAUGCCUUCCUGCUCGCCUUCGCCGCCAACCUCUCUUCCUACUACCUGAUGAUUGAGGACGAUGUGUGGAGCGCCAGGUCCUUCCUGACAGCCAUCCGCAGGGCACUGGCUUCCCAGGAGGGCUCCAACUGGGCCACCCUCGAAUUCUCCAAGCUGGGCUACAUCGGAAAACUCUACCGCUCCAGUGACCUUCCUCGCCUGGCUCACUUCCUCCUCCUCUUCUACCAGGAAAUGCCCUGUGACUGGCUGCUGGUCCACUUCCGCCAGCUGCUUACCCAGAAGGACGUGAUCCGCUUCAAGCCAUCCCUCUUCCAGCACAUGGGCCUCUACUCCUCCUUCCAGGGCACUGUCAACCGGCUGAAGGAUGAGGACUUCCAGGCCGAUGCCUUGGACCUCCCAGACAACCCUCCGGCAUCCCUGUUCACCAGCAUGUCCAUCUUUGAGAACUAUGAGCCCCUCAAGGCCUACAGCUUGGCACAGGGGUACUUUUGGGGCAAAGACCCAGCAGCUGGCAGUACUUUUUCCAUCGUGUUCCAGCAGCCAGCCCGAGUCAGCCGUGUCCGCGUGCGCACGGGCUCCGUGGAGCGCCCGGGCGAUUUCCUGCGCGCAGGGCUGCUGGAGCUGGGCCAACACCGGGACCGCAGCCGGGACUGCUCCUCCUACAUCCCUGUGGGCUCCUUCAGGAUGGGGACCCUGGAGCAGCAGGGCCUGGAGAGGGUCCUGCCUGGGCCUGUGGAGUGUGUGAGGAUCCGGGUGACCCAGGACCAGAGUGAGUGGCUCAUCAUCCAGAGCAUUGACAUCUGGACCACAGCAGGCACUUGAGCACAACACCUGUGGCAGGAUGUCAAAGCAGCUGGAUUUGUUUCCUUUAUUUUUCACAUUGCCUUUUUGGAUAAGAAAUUAAGUUACUGAUUCUCACUUCUCCAUGUCUGGAGAGAUGGGAACCAUUGCUGUUGGCUGUGGAGGAUGGGUCUAGGAGCACGGCCCAUCAGAAUGUACACCUGCUGGGAGAUGCCCCAAGGAGCCAGGCCUGGAGGGAGCACAGGAAGGGGAAGGGGCUUGGGAAUUCAAGGCUGAGCAGUAGAAAACCUUUCCUUCCAGGGAGGAUGAUGUACAAAACUGAUCAGCUAAUUAACAAACCAAAUAAUUAAAUCAGGUAGUGGUA